GCUCGGCACGACGUUGGGCUGCUGCAGCCUCACAUACAUAACCACAGUACGUCUUCGUGUCCUCAAAGCUGCCUUUGACUGCCAGCUACCCGCUCGACACGAAAACGCGGCUCACGCGGGCGACGCGAUCGGCUAAACAGCCAUUUGUCUGCUGGCCGCUUCUUCUCUGAUUUCGCGCACGACCGCGCUGCGGUAAUACGUGAAAAGCAGCCAAGGAUGCGCCGCGACCGUGCUGAGUAGCCUGGCAGCGGAAACCGGCCCGUCCGGCGCUCAGCCGAUGAAAGCUGGUCGCGCCGAAUUAUCUCGACGACAGACUCGCCACGCAGGUCAACGAAAAGAAUGAAGCUCCACCUCAGCCUCCUCGCCCUGCCCGCCGCGACGCGGGCCCUCAUCCCGACGGGCUCCAAGCCCGUGCCGCCGCCGAUGCGCGUCGCGACGGCGGAGCUCUUCGAGUCCCAGGAGCCGCUCCUCGACACGCUGUCGAAGAAGCGCCGCCGCCGCCGCCGCGCGCCCGCCGCCGUCGACCUCGCGGGCGGCCUCGACGCGCUGCCCGCACGAAGCAGCGGCGAAGCAUCAUCGCGCCGCGGGCGCGCGCAGAUGCAGCGCCGCGACGACGCGCCGCUCACGACGAUGGGCCGCCGCGCGCGGCGCCUGCGUUUUGCUGGAGCCGCCCCGCUCCACGGCUGGGUGCCCGACGUGGCCCAGUUCUGCUACGGCUUACCUGGGGCCUUGGCGCCGAUGGGCGACUUCGAUCCUCUGAAGUUAUCGAAGCAGACGAUAAGCACGGUGCGGCGCUACCGCGAGGCCGAGGUCAUGCACGGCCGCGUGGCCAUGGUGGCCUUCGUCGGCUUUUUAGUUGGGGAGCACGGCGCGCACCAGGUCCUGGACGUGGAACCCUCCCUGACGCACGACGCUCUGCUCCUGAAGACGCCCGGCCUCCUGCUCGGUGCGCUCGCAACAGUAGUAGGCGUCUGCGAGGCCUACCGCGCGGCGCGCGGCUGGGUGACGCCCGAGUCGCCGGAGCAGGUCUGGGAGAUGCGCGACUCGUACUACCCCGGCGACAUCGGCUUCGAUCCUCUCCGAUUGGCGCCGGCCGACGCGUCGGGCUUCGCGACGAUGGCGACGAGGGAAUUGCAGCACGGGCGGCUCGCGAUGAUCGCGUUCAUGGGCCUCGUCGCGCAGGAGUACCAGACGCACGAGACCGUCUCGGACUCGCUCGCGAAGCUGCUCGCGUGAGGGUCGUUUUCCUCCCGGUGCGUAAGAGUGCUUCCAU